CCCGAGGUAAACACCUCAUCAGGUACAAUUGUUGGCAAGCUUGAGACGCUACCAAAUGGCAAAUCAGUAUAUGAAUAUCUCGGUAUCCCGUAUGCUAAGCCACCGGUCAAUGAAUCGAGGUUUGCUCGUCCAGAAUCCUUUCAACCUUGGUCAGGAAAAAGGGCAGCGAAGGAGUUCGGAUCGGCGUGUCCACAACCGAGCUUUGAUAAACAUAACUUUAAGAGGGAAAUAGGAAUAGGUAAGAGGCGUAUAACAGUAUUGUAUUAUCGGAUGUGUGUCGAGCCAGCUUUUGAAAGCUCUCACGGACGAUCUUUAUCUUUAAUCUUUAUCGGUUAAUUGCGAAUAGCAUAGGCUUAUCGUGGCAAUAGUGGUUGAUGACAGAUAGGUUUUGGCUGUGGACUUAAACACGGGCAAAGAGAGAGCGAUAACAGCAGUAGAUGGAAGACUCUUCCGCAUAAGUAUACAUCGGGGGAAAAAAGAGUUCUUAUAGGCAUCAACAAAAGCGGGUAAAAGGUUGUAUGUUAGACUAUGGCACAUUCAAAAACUCAAAGCUUCAUCCACGAAUUCAACGAACGUUAACCACGGAAAGAGUACUGCAAGUCAGGACUCAAAACAUUUAAGAUAUGCCUUCACUUGACUCCGCACUUCGUCAUAUUGGUUCCUUUCACUUAACGUAGCAAAAAACUUGACCCUUGUGUAGGACCAAAAAAAUUCUUAAAAUACAUACCUUUAAAACACCACCCUCAAUUUGAUUAUCCUGUUUAGGACAAAGGGGGAAAUGCACGCCGUCUUGUUUUAAAGCCAUUUAUUGGCAAUUGCAAAAGAACGAAUUCACGUUGUAGGCUUUGUAUCAGUAGAAAGGGAGUAGCUCCCAGGGGGGUCAAAACAGGUUUGUGACGCACUUCCUGUUUGAAUCAUCAUCAUCAUCAUCAUCAUCUUCGUCGUUGUCGUCAUCUUCAUAAUCAUCAUCACCAUCAUCAUCAACUGAGGAAGAGACACGAGACAUGUGUGGGCUUCUCAAAAAGAGACGGUAACUCCCUUACAGCAGAAAUUCCUGUUGCCUUAUCUUACUGAUAUGGAUGUUUUUGUUUGUUUUUUUUUUUUCCAGAAAAUGAGGAUUGUCUUUUCUUGAAUGUGUUUGUACCAGCAACUAGUAGCACAGAAGGCAAGAUGACAGUGAUGGUGUGGAUUCAUGGCACUGGUUUGGCCAGUUUCAGUUCCUCUCCUAAAUUCCGUGGCUUUUCCAUGGGUUCCUCCAGUGAAUAUCCAGCUCACGUUUUAGCAGGCUACAAUGAUGUCAUUGUUGUGACAUUCAACUACAGGCUAGGAAUUCUGGGAUUCUUAAGUAGUGUUCCUGGUACAAACAAAACGGGAAAUUACGGAAUGUUUGAUCAGGUAACAAGCUUCGGUGAAGAAAUGUUGCAUUAAAUCGACUCAAGAGAGAAUAAAAUAAUAGCAAACCUAUCACCCCUGGGAGGCACGCAAGCACGUGUUCUCGGAGCGCACGAGCCCCGAAUACGCAACGGUUGUGAUAAUCUCUUGCCCCCUUUCCCUUUCCCUCGUUCUUUUGCUCUGUUGAUCAGCACACCCCACUCUCCCCAAUGUUCCUCUUUCCGAGUUCCUGAACUCCAGGGCGGGAUCUAGUGGGAAGGUGCAGGGGAUGCGCACCCCUUCUCCCACCUGAGAGGGCUCCUGACAACUGGUAUUCUGGAAAAUUUAGAGAUAUGUAUUCUUAGCACUUCACAUUAUGUUAGCGCUUAGUCAAAAGAUAUCUUCUUCGUUUUCGCUUUUAAAAUUUGUUUACUUCACCAGUCAGUCACGCCAUUCCUCAGUGGUGCACCCUCUCUCCGGGAUCCGCCCUGAUCUCUCGUUUUCAAAAGGAGGCCAUCUGCAAACCUUUUGGACCUUGCGAGUGGACGCUUAUUCGAGGCUGGGCUCUUAUUAAAUUUUCACCAUUAUCAGCAAGAGUAGUAUGUUUAUUUUGCAACAAAACGCAAAGAUGUAACGAAGCAAGGUUUCUGUAAAAUACUCUGAAGAAAGCUCCGUCUUCUAGUAAUUGUUCAAUUUUUUUGCGAGGGUGGUAGGGGGAAAGGGGGUAGGGGUGGUCCCUGAUUUGAGUUUUGGGGGGGGGGAGUGGGAUAGGCGCUUAUUCCAAUAAAUACGGUAUUUAACUUCUCUUUCUUUUUUCACAGACAAUAGCGAAAAAUCCCACCACAACAGAAGGGUUAGACUCUAGGUAAAUAAAACUAACCCUUUCCCCCCUGUAGCUGACACUAAGCGUACAUUUUCUCUACAGAUUCAAGCACUGACGUGGGUCCAUGACAAUAUUGCCUACUUUGGUGGUGAUCCCGACAAAGUGACUGUGUUCGGUCAUGGUACAGGAGCAAGUAGUGUUGCCUUGCAUUUAAUCUCGCCUAAACCAAAAGUUCUGUUCCAAAGGGCCAUCAUGCAAAGCGGUGCCGCGUCAGCUCCCUACCUACCAAGAAAGGCAUCAAACGAGUCAGUACAAAAGCUAGCUGCUGCUGCAAACUGCUCUUUUGACGACAACCUAAUCACGUGUCUUCGUGAAAAAAGUGCGGAGGAAAUCAUUUCUUUGCAAUCUAAUAUCCCUACCAAAGCCCUGAUGGAACUCAGCAACCCAGUCAUUGAUGAUGAUUUCAUAAUAGGCUCUCCUCAGAAGCGGUAUCAAAAGAAAAAAUUUUUUGAUAAUGUUCAAAUCAUGGCUGGAUUUACAACCCACGAGUCAUCUCUAGACGUCUUUCUGAGGUUGGGGAAUGCGGGCCAAGUCUCGAAAGAAGAGUUUAAAAAUGUGACAGGAACACUCUUUGAAGGACUCACACAAAACAAAAUCGUGGAGCAGCUGGUUCAGUACCAGUACGCAGAUGAUUCUGACACAACAGCAAGAGAAAGAAUGAUUGACUUUCAAAGUGACUUUAUGACGGUGGCACCAAUGCUUUUUGAGGCAAAGGCUUUAAGGAAGGUAAUUUACAACAAAAAAGACAUGCAUACACACACAAAACUUGUUAUGAGUACGGGGGUUACUCAUCAAAACGGACUUUACCCGGAGGCUCUGCCCGAAAGGGGAGUUUUUUUUUUUGUUGUAUUUGUUGUUUUCUACCCUGGGUGCCAGAGACUUUUCAUGCGCGGUUUCCGGUUUCGGUCAAGUCUUAUAAGUUAUCCGCGCGAAAAGCUCAGCUCAGGCCUCCGAAGACACCCGGCGAAAGCUCAGCUCCUCGUCGCACGCGAGAAAAAACCUCUGGUACCCAUGGUAGUUGUUUUCAGGCUUCAGAAUAUAAAAGGGUAGUUGGUUCACUAGUAGAAGUAUAUGAAACAAUACAGAAAUCUGUCAUUUCGAUCUAAAAAAAGGCCCUGAAAGUGCUUUGAGACGCAUUUUGUGGCUAUGAAAGAGCCAAGAAAGCUGUCUGGUUUAGUGAUUUACUCACAUUAAAUUAAAAGACACUGUGCAUUCACAGGUUGGGAGUUAAAUGGGAUAAAGUGGUCAAAACUAUGUGAAUGGGGUACUAUUUGUCAGUAACGGGUAUACGAAAGGGGUAUCUUUUCUAUCAAAAGAGUAUAAUAUAUAGAUUUAGCCAGGGCUAAAAGCGAAGCUCCCAUUAAUAAAUUUAUAUUUUAAAUCAAACAAUAAACUUGUAAUCCACAAAUCAGUUAACUUAAGGGCACAUUCAUGUGACUUUUCAGGGAAAGGAUAAGUUAUUUUUAAAGUGAAACAUCUUACAUCGAGUUGAUAGCCUAAAUAUAUGUACACCCAAAAAAUAGCAAACAUCUUCUAUCACAUUCAAGAGCCAUAGUGGCUCUUGAUCACAGUAGAUUAGGCCUCGAAAACAAAUUCUUGGAAAACAAAUCAGGCCGCAUUUUUUUGCGUUCGACAGGUUUACUUUACAAAUUCUUGCCAACAAAUCUGAGGGUGUGCAAACCAGCUUUUUAUACUUUUUAUACAUCACAUCUGAGGUGAAACAGUACUUUUUAUCAUACAGACCUCGGACAGAAACGGCAUUUCACAAUUUUUCAAUAUUCAGGACGAUCAAUCGUGGGCUUUUAGCGAAACCGUUCAAAACAUUUUUAAAAUCACCCAUACGGCCAGCCGGUUCUCAUUUUUAGUGCGAGCUGUCAGUGUGAUCCCGUGUUUGAAUGAAUUUUAAUGGAGAUACGCUUCACCAUAAUAACGAAUUUAUUAUCAUUAUUUUUUGUUGUUUAAUGGUUACAGUUAUAACGAUGUGUAAUCUUAUAAAGCGUUUGAUACGCGCGACAUUUCUAAGUACUUCUGCGAUGUUCAUGAACGAUGAAAACAAACACCACGGACAAGCGAUUAAAAUUACAAGAGAGACUACUAACAAUCAACAAAAGAAAUAUAAUUCGGUAAAACAUUUACAGAGACAACAAUUUUCAUUCACGAAGACAAGUAUUAAAGUGUUUCUAAAAAUUCUGAGUCUUUAAGCUUAAAGCUUAAGCUUAAGUUUAUUUUGUUUUACUUUCAGCCGGCCUCCUGGUGUUUGUUUUUUUUUUUCAAAGAUGAACUCCUCGAAACAAGGAAAUCACUCAAAGUUUUCUUUCUACAGCCAAAUUUAUAACUAAAUAUUAUUCGGAACCGUUUUUUUUCUAUUUGCGGUGAGAAAAUAUAUCUGAAGGCCUUUUAAAGUUCUGUAAGCUUAUAUCAAACCUGAUACUAGAUCAGAUCAUUGACUCAAAUCUCAAACAACGUACAAAAACUUGCUGCAUAAACUGUGCUCGACUUCAAGAAAUUAGAUAUAACAAAAACAAACAUUAAAUACAAUAAUUACUCAGGCUUACCAUUCGUGAUUCAGUUCCUGAAAGAUAUCAACGAAGGCCAUAGUUGCUUGAGACUUUUAAACCCUCUUACGCAUUGAGCAAAGUGAAAGACGAAAACGAUGCCAUCCAAAAUCGGAUUACCCAAUUUUGACAAGCGACGCAUUUCUCAACCAAAAACCCAAUCAACAAACCAGCCAUGGAUAACAGAAUACUCUUGAUAGCAGCUGUAUUUCAUUUUGUACAUCCGGUGGAAAAAGACAGUUAAAAACAUCACAAGUUGACACAAAACUCUGUCAGCUUUUGCUGUCAAAGUAAACAACUUUCAAGAUGCUGCAUAAAUUUUCCGCAUGAACUCACCUGUCAAAUUUUGACCAAUCAGAGUACAAAAAUUGGACGUAGAGCGUGACCAACGCGUGACCAUGGUAAGAAAAGUCUUCCCCGCCUUUAUUUUUAAAAAAGUGGCUGGAUUUUCGCGCCCGAGGUCAGUUUGAAAUCAAAAUCUUGACAGUGCGGGGCCAUAGUGACAUAAACACAACAUAUUUGAUAUGAAUCAUUGGAAAAAAUAGACUUGAGCCUGCGGUCAUUUGAAACUGGUAAUUUGUCAGGAGAUAACUUCAAAAAAGUACUCGACCUCGAUGGGUCGACACUUGAGCCCGCGGUACGGUCAGGUGAUACUGGUCAGCGGAUACCCUGUUUUGACACCUGUCAAAUGAUCACAACAUUGAGGUGCAAUUAGUUUUCUAUUGGGCUCCCAAACUAGCUAGAAAGUGUGAGAGUAAACAUUGGUUUCCCUGUGGUGCGGACGGACGGUCGUACCGUCACGUGAUUACCAAAUUUUCUCGGAUGGGUAGAUUACCACAUUUCCUUAGCUAUGGGGCUCCGUCCACGCGCGCGCGUGGAGCUCCGCUAUAAAGGGGUAAGGGGUUGGACCCCCGGGCGGAGCCUCCCGUAUAAAAUUCAUUUCACCCAUUCACCACUUUUAAACACUAGGUAAAUCAAGAAGUAGGCAAAUGCAAAAUGACCGACUACAUCAUUAAUCAGCCCUUACUUGGUCCUGCCAAGAUGUACUCAACCAUGCGGGGCACUAAUAAAUGCAUCGUUUCUUUUUUCCAACUUUACUUUCCCUAGGCUGGAAGACAAGUGUACUUUUACGUAUUUGAGCAUCGUCCGGAUUUUUCGAAACUUCCUGAGUGGGCUGGCGCAUUUCACGGAGCUGACAUUGGUUUUGUGUUUGGAGCACCUUUCGCGAAUAUUUCAUCGCUGAUGGAAUUUUUCAUUCCCAAAUAUUCUGAAAUUGAGAAGGGGCUGAGUUUGUACAUUAUGAGACUGUGGACUGACUUUGCUAAGUUUGGGUAAGACCUAAGACCAAGUACUACAGUAAACACCCGCUAAUAAGAACCUACUUUUUGAGGAGUCUGGCAAAAUAGCUAGGUUUUUGUAUUUUGGGUACUUAAAGUGGCAAUUUAGCUAAGAAGGUUCAUAAUUAGGUUCUAUGAAAGAGAUGAUAGUCUAAGAUUUUUCACCACCAAAAAACCCUAACAAAACUGAUUGCAGAAUUCAGAUAUUCAGUUUAGUACAGUGUGUUUUUGUUAUACUUUUAAAUUUACAACUAAAAGUUGCAUUCCUUUGUAGCGUUAUAAAUUAUAUAUUAAAAUUUAACGGUAACCCACAUGAGAACCUGCUUGACCUUGCUUGUCUAAACAGGUUGUUGUAUUUUGGGGUUUUAAAGUAGCAAAUUUCGACUAGAAGGUCCUUAAUCCACAUGUUCUUAUGGGGUGUUUAUUGUAAUUAAAGAGAGAGGGUUAAACCAUACACUUUGCGAUUUGACUAGCUUUCAAGAAAGAUACAUGGAUAGAUAGAAAGACAUUUUAUUUACCCAUGGUCAGGUAUUAUCGGCUACAGACGCUAGUUUACACUAAAGCCGUGCAUUAAAAUAUAUAAAUAUCCAUCAGAGUUCUUAGUUUUUAAAUGUGGAAAAAAUAAGUUUAGAACUGUAAUAAAUAAUAGACAGCAAAACUGCGAGCGCUUUUACGCUUUAAAAAGUGCAGUCCUCUAGGGAAGAGAGUGGCAACUAAUUUGCUUUUUUGUUUUUGUUUUUUGUUGUUGUUGUUGUUGUUUUUGUAUUUUGUGUAUGAUUGUAAAAUCUUGGUUAUCAUCAAGCUCCUCAUUUUCUGAUUUUGCUUCGUUUUCAGGGAUCCUAAUGGCUCCGAUUCUCCUGUAACGUGGCCAAAGUUUUCCAAAGUAAAGCGAUCCUACCUGGCCCUUGACGUGAAGCCCAAGGAAAAGCAGAAGUAUAGGGCAAAAGAAUUGAAAUUUUUGAAUAGCCUUAUCCCAAAGGUUAUAAGACAAACUAACGGAUAA